AGAUUGAUUUGGAUACCAUAGAUGUGAGCAACCUCAACAGGCAGUUUUUGUUUCAAAAGAAACAUGUUGGAAAGUCAAAAGCGCAGGUUGCCAAGGAAAGCGUGUUACAGUUUUACCCAGAAGCUAAUAUUAUAGCUUAUCAUGACAGCAUCAUGAACCCUGACUAUAAUGUAGAAUUCUUCCGUCAAUUUACAUUGGUUAUGAAUGCUUUGGAUAACAGAGCUGCACGUAACCACGUAAACAGGAUGUGUCUGGCUGCUGAUAUUCCUCUUAUAGAGAGUGGAACUGCAGGCUACCUUGGACAAGUAACCGUUAUCAAAAAGGGAGUUACAGAGUGUUAUGAAUGUCAUCCUAAACCCACUCAGAAGACUUUUCCAGGCUGCACAAUUCGCAACACUCCAUCAGAACCUAUCCACUGCAUUGUAUGGGCUAAGUAUUUGUUCAAUCAGCUGUUUGGAGAAGAAGAUGCUGAUCAAGAAGUAUCGCCUGACAGAGCUGAUCCUGAAGCUGCCUGGGAACCAGCAGAAGCAGAAGCCAGAGCACGAGCAUCUAAUGAAGAUGGUGAUAUUAAACGCGUGUCAACUAAGGAGUGGGCUAAAUCAACUGGAUAUGACCCAGUUAAACUUUUUACUAAGCUUUUCAAAGAUGACAUCAGAUACUUGCUGACAAUGGAUAAGCUUUGGAGGAAAAGAAAACCUCCAGUGCCACUAGACUGGACUGAAGUACAGAAUCAAGAAAAAAAUACACCUGAUCAACAAAAUGAAUCCUCCAUGGUCCUGAAAGAUCAACAGGUUCUGGAUGUCAAGAGCUAUGCACGCUUGUUUUCAAAGAGUGUGGAAACUUUGAGACAUCACCUAGCUGAAAAAGGUGAUGGAGCUGAGCUUAUAUGGGAUAAGGAUGAUCCAUCUGCAAUGGAUUUUGUCACUUCUGCUGCAAACCUCAGGAUGCAUGUUUUCAGUAUGAAUAUGAAGAGCAGAUUUGAUAUCAAAUCAAUGGCAGGAAAUAUUAUCCCGGCUAUUGCCACAACUAACGCAGUAAUAGCUGGUCUAAUCGUGUUGGAAGGUUUGAAGAUAUUAUCAGGAAAACUAGAUCAGUGUAGAACAAUUUUUCUGAACAAACAGCCAAAUCCAAGAAAGAAGCUUCUUGUUCCUUGUGCUUUGGAUCCUCCAAAUCCCAAUUGUUAUGUGUGCGCAAGUAAGCCAGAAGUGACGGUGAAACUUAAUGUACACAAAGUUACAGUGUUAACAUUACAAGACAAGAUAGUGAAAGAAAAAUUUGCUAUGGUAGCACCGGAUGUGCAGAUAGAAGACGGAAAAGGAACUAUUCUUAUCUCCUCAGAGGAGGGAGAAACAGAAGCAAAUAACCACAGGAAGUUAUCAGAUUUUGGAAUUCGAAAUGGCACUAGGCUACAAGCAGAUGACUUCCUCCAGGACUAUACGCUGUUAAUCAACGUACUUCAUUGUGAAGAUCUAGAAAAUGAUGUAGAAUUUGAGGUUGUUGGAGAUGCUCCUGAAAAAGUUGGCCCCAAACCAUCAGAACCAGCUUCUAAGAACAUCACUAAUGGUAGCGAUGAUGGAGCACAGCCAUCAACAUCAACAGCUCAAGAUCAAGAUGAUGUAUUGAUUGUUGAUUCUGAUGAUGAAGGCCCUUCAAGCAAUACUGAUGAUGAUAAUACAGAAGGCAAAAAUCGCAAGAGAAAACUGGAUGACAAAGAGCAUGUCAGUACAAAGAGAGUGCGUACAGAGCCAACGGAAGAACAAGAUGACAUCAUAGCACUAGACUGAGCACAUAUACCCAGUGACAUAAAGAUCCAUAUAACACAGUACAACAAGGAUAUUACUUUGGGGUGUGUUAAAUGUUCAGAACUAGACUAAUUUUAUGGCCUUUUGUUUCAAGGGAAAAAUCACACUGCAGACUUAAUGAACAUGUGUCCAUCCCUCUUGAUGGUAAAACACUCAUUUCAAUAGGAAGGUAGAAGUUUUCCAAUAUGUUAUAUUAAAUGUAGUAGAAACUUAGUUUAUGGAUACUUAAACACAAGUAUUUGCUUAAACAGUCAUGAAAAACAAGCAUGUUAUUUUUUUUUUUUUUUAUGUAAAUACCUUUAGGUAUGAAUUUAGGGAAAAAAAGUUACUCUGGUUUAGUAAAGGGUCAUCAUUUGAUACCCCGCUUUAUAAAUAUUAGAUUUUUAUUUUUUGGCUAGCAGGAAAAUAUCUUUAGCCUAGAUCUAAUCAUUUUUCACACCCUCAGCUAAAGUGAGAGAGCAGAUUCUUUAAAACAAAAGUGCUAUGUUUAAACUUUGUUCUUAAACACCAACUGGCACUAUGUACAUUACUGUAAAACAAUGUUAAUUUACUCAAGUUUUUCAGCUCGUACUGCCUGGUAUGUCAGUGUAAGAAGCAGAUUUUGUGUAUUGUUACAGUUUCAGGUUAUUUAUAUUUGAUGUUUUGUAAAACUCAAAUACUACUACUAUACUGUACAUCUGAUGGACCAAAUAAAUGACAUCUGAAAUACUUGCUAU